AUGCUGGAAGGCAAAUUAAUUUUCUUAAUGAAUUUGAAGAGUCAAUACCAUUUAGAAAUUUUUUUUAGAGGCUAAGUUAAAAUUGAUGAAUUAGUUACAUUAACAUCUACAUUUUUGAGAUAUUUAAUUUAAAAGAUUAAACCUAAAAUAGUAUUUGCUACUCACUAUCACAUUCUAUUAGAUGAGUUUGCUUUAUGCGAGAAAUUGAAUAAAGUGGGAUGA